UUUACGGCGGCGCUUUGCGGCAGCCGUUGGUUGUGGCGAGGGCGGCGGGCGCGGGGCCGCCAUGGAGGGCGGCGGGAACUCCAAGGGCACCGGGCUCGGCGGCCUCUUCGGCGCCGGCGGGCUCGGCUACUCGCACGCCGACCUGGCCGGGGUGCCGCUAACUGGGAUGAGUCCUUUGUCACCGUAUUUAAACUUGGACCCCAAGUACCUAGUGCAGGAUACAGAUGAGUUUAUCUUGCCCACAGGAGCCAACAAAACUCGAGGCAGAUUUGAGCUGGCCUUUUUUACCAUUGGAGGAUGUUGCAUGACAGGGGCAGCAUUUGGUGCACUGAAUGGUUUGAGACUUGGCUUGAAGGAGACACAGAACAUGGCAUGGUCAAAACCUAGAAAUGUACAAAUUCUAAAUAUGGUGACAAGGCAAGGAGCAUUAUGGGCUAACACUCUGGGAUCACUGGCUCUACUUUACAGUGCAUUUGGAGUCAUCAUUGAAAAGACACGAGGUGCAGAAGAUGACCUGAACACCAUAGCUGCUGGAACCUUGACAGGAAUGCUGUACAAAAGCACUGGCGGAGUGCGCGGGAUAGCGCGAGGUGGGAUCGCAGGCCUGACGCUGACCGGCCUCUACGCCCUGUACAACAACUGGGAGCACAUGAAGGGCUCCCUAGCCCGGCAGUCCCUGUGAGCAGGGCAGAGGACACGCUUGCUUAGUCACCAAUCAAAUCAGUUGUGAGAUCUAUCUGGUGCCCCUUGCUAUUUUAUUUACAAUUAGUGUGAAACUGAUGGAAGCUGUGCUGGGAGGAACCUCUUGACACCGUGUAGCUGGACUGGCCCUUCCUGCCAGCCAGCUGCUGGAGAGGCAGCAAUAUUUGUUGGACCUGCAAGUGACCAGAGUGGCCACCGAGACUGUGUCUCCUGGCCAGAGCUGCCAGGCGUGCUGGGCCCCCAUAGCUGAUCCUGCUCACUGCCAGCUUGGCUGGGUCCUGCAAGGGCUGUGUCCAUGGAGCACUCCCUGCAGUCCCAGCAGCACAGCCCCAGUAGCCAUGGCACAGGCAGGGCUUGCUAUUCUGACAGCACAAGACAAGCUAGCAAAAGGGACAUCAUCAGAAUAAAAAGGGUGGUACUUACUCAAACCCAUUUCUAUCCUUUGCUCUUCCUGCCACAAAAGCAUUCUGCAUCCAGUGACCUACCUAUAGAUUCAUUUUAAAGGACCUGUGUGAUGAAAUCCUGGGGGAAUUGGUGGGUGAGGGGAAGUGCACAAGCAGGCUGAUGAUCUCCUGAUGAUGUUACAGUAAGGCAUAGCAGGGCUUGACUUCACUCCAUUUUUUGCUCUAACAAGUUGCUUGUUUAUGGAUGAAAUACAGUUGCUGUUGCAGAGCAGCUGCCAGUGGAUUAUCAAAACAUUUGGGUGCUCCAAUAUCCCAGAACUCAUUUAGCCAACAAUUAGAAACCAAACAAUAUAAAGACUGCACCCAUUACCCAUUAGGACUUUUAAUUAGCAAGAAACUUUUUGUCUGAAGUACCAUAUAUAGGUUAUUGGCAGAACAAAGACUGUGAUGAACCUACAUGUUCUCCUACAGUGUUAAAUUUAAACCAUGUACCAAGUAUCAUUUGCAGAUAAAUUAAACGGUAAGUUGGGAAUUAGUUUAGUAAUUAGAGUUACUGUGUAACAACUCAUUCCUUACACAUUUAAAUAAUUAAACAGGGAACUUAUUGAAGAGGUCUGAAGACAGAGAAGGCAGAGCAAGGGAAAAACAGGAAACUUACUGGUCAGCACACAGUAUAAUGCAAACUAAGUUUACAUUUGAGUUUUUGCUACUGAAAUAGCUCUUAAUAAUUACAUUGCAUACACCAAAAUAAAACCAACAAAAGCAGUAAAGGGAAGGUGAUAGCUCUUACCUUCUCUCAAGAAGAAAUGCCCCUUUGCUGUGAAACCUCAUUAGUAACCAAUAACCACUGAGACCAGCUUUUUAUAGAGCAAGUGCUCCAGCUAACGAGCCAUCCCAGGUGAACUCAAUUUGCUUUGCUUGGCUACCAGGUCACAUUAGUUGCUUUAUGCCAGCACUUAACAUGGCAUAAAGGAAGCAGCCUUUUCUCACCCCCUGUGUCAAUGCUGCUUUUGUUAAGUCUUACGUUCCACAAUUCCAUAGUGCUCUGCAUGUUGUUAUUGUGGUGUGAGAGCUGGACUUCCUUCCUGGCAUGCAUUUCUUGAGGGCUGUACCACCAAAGAAACUGUUCCCCCACUUCCAGGCAGAGGGAUGAUGUGGGCUUCAUCUGCACAGCACUGUCAUAUGGGACAUCAGGAAAACAGGUGCACUUUCUUCUGAGCUUUUUCCCUCCCCACUGGCAUCAGUGAGUUCCUCCCCUGCAUGUUUCCUGGUCACCAUUGGUUGGACUUGUGUUCCUGCACUCUUCACCACGCUGGAUGAAGGAUUGAGAACUGCUUUGGGGGUUGAUGGGGGGCAGGGGUGGCUUUUUAAAUGUCAGGAACUCUGCAAUGUAUCUUAGGUUUUCUUAAGAUUUUUCAGGACUAAAAUGUGACCCAGGAACUGUCUGCCCUGAUUGAAGUGGGUAAACUAUGAAGCUUAACAAAUGUAUUUCCUUCUUCAAGUGCACUGGAGAUAAUAUAGAAACAAGCCUUUUCAAGUUCAUAGUUAGCACAACCUUAAGGCUAGGCUGACUCUUGAACAACUUAGCAUGUUAUCUGGUCUGCAGUGUACUCACAUUUCCUGGAACUGCUCACUUCAAGGGCAGAGCUGAGGGCAUUUUUCUGAAAUAGCUGUGUUACAGCUGUUAAAAGUUUUGGUUCAUAAUCUGUUUGUAUAUGGAGUAAUCUGUAGCUUGAGCUAUGAAACACAACCAGCACAGAGGCAGCAGUGAGGGAGGUGAAUUGUACAAUACAAUACAGAGAAAGUGUUUACAAUAUUCUGUGUCAUGACAUACUGCAUUCACAACUUACUAGAUAUCAGUAUAAAGUUGCUACUUUAAUUUGUGACCAAAAAUAUAUAUCCAAGUUCAGUAGGAAUAAAAGGAUGUAAAAUCAAGUUGAAAACAGAAUUUGGCUCAAGUUAGAGCCCUCCCAUGCAGUGUUACAUAAAUGUGAGCAUGGGAGACCUUGACUGUGGUGGAAGAGGGGGGUUUUGGUGCCAGUUGUGGUAUCUUUGCUGAUAGAUCCAAGGCAGCUUUGCUAUGGCACCAAGUGAGGCAGCUGAGACAGCAGGUGUAAUGGAAGGGGUUUGAGUCUUGUGAAGCUGGUUCUGGUCAGUCUUUGGAACCAAAAGGCACUAACACCAUUCCCUGUCAGCAGGUGACUUCUGUUAGGGUUGGAGGAAUUUGUUGAACAAUCACUACUUAGGAUGGGAAUCUCUGGGGACCCUGAUGCAGAAGCAGCUUCUGAAAACAGGAGGCAAAUAUGUGUUAGGGCAGAAAAAUCCUGUGUUCAUAGUCUGUUUCCUGUGAUCUAAUUGGGACUUCAAAAGGAGGGGGGAAAUCCUUUUGUGUGCUUUAACAGAAGGUUACCCCUGCACUUAAUAAAUUCUAGAUAGGAAACUGGAAUGUUUUAACUGGA